AUGACUGGAGCCCAAAGAAACUCAACCGCCGCUUCCGGUGCGCCUGAAAUCGCUCGGCCCAGCCCCACCGUUCCUCCCAAUUCCACUGCUCCUCCCUCGUUCGCAUUUGCAGAUAAUUAUCCCCAAAUUUCAGCCUCUUUUCUUGUGACUACAAAACUCAACGGACACAAUUAUCUCGAUGGCAGGGGCAAAAUCGGGCAUCUUACUGGCGAAACAACGAAACCUGCUGCCGACGACCCGAAUGUAAAAAGAUGGCAGUCUAAAAAUUCUCUAAUUAUUGGCUGGCUCAUCAAUUCAAUGGAACCCACCAUUGGAAAGCCUCAUCUGUUUCUUCCCACUACUAAGGACGUCUGGGAGGCGGUUUGGGACCUUUAUUUGGAUCUGGAAAAUUCUUCCCAAAUUUUUGAUUUAAAAACCCGACUUUGGAAGUCCAAACAGAACGAUCGCGAUGUUACUACCUACUACAACGAAUUGGUAACACUAUGGCAGGAACUUGAUCAAUGUUAUGAUGAUGUCUGGGAAAAUCCAAAUGAAGCUGCUCGUCACAUGAAGAGGGAGGAAAAUGACAGGGUCUACAUGUUCUUAGGUGGCCUUAAUCGGAAUCUGGACGAGGUUAUGGGCCGUAUCCUUGGUCGGAAACCACUGCCUCCUAUGCGUGAGGUGUUCUCUGAGGUUAGAUGCGAAGAAUCAAGGAGGAAAAUAAUGCUACACAAGACUGUAUCUGACCUUAAUCUGGAGCCUAAUAGUUCUGCCCUUGUGUCUAAAUGUAUUUAG